AGACGCACCGAGCGGAAAAAAAUCGCAACUGUACCUCACAAGCCAACAGUACUGAGCUUUAGUGUCCAGGGUUUGCACUACAUGGUCUACUUUAACUGGUCGUGUCGUGUGCUGUCCAGCUGUCUCACUGUAUAUUUACCUGGUUUGUCUGAAAUCCGGCGUGGAGGGACAGAGCAGAAGCGACCGGAGGAAGAACACGGAUUUACCGACUCUCCACUCCUGUACUGAAAGUGGACAGCCAUGGGAGCUGUUCUGGGGGCCUUUUCUUUCGCAAGCUGGAUGCCGUGCCUAUGCAGCAGUGCAACCUGUCUGAUGUGCAGCUGCUGUCCGAGCAUCAGGAACUCCACUGUGACCAGGAUCAUCUAUGCCUUCAUCUUGCUGCUGGGGACCAUCGUCGCCUGCAUCAUGCUGUCACCUGGUGUAGAUCAACAGCUAAAAAGGAUCCCAGGCUUCUGUGAUGAUGGGGCCAGCUCCUCCAUCCCUGAGAUGCAGGCUCAUUUCAACUGUCAGAUGUUUGUGGGCUACAAGGCGGUCUACCGAGUCUGCUUUGGCAUGAGCAUGUGGUUCCUGUUUUUUUCCAUUCUUAUGAUUAACAUCAAGAGCAGCAGAGACCACCGUGCUGCAAUUCACAAUGGAUUUUGGUUCUUUAAGUUUGCUGUGUUGGUGGCAGUGACAGUGGGUGCCUUUUACAUUCCAGAUGGGCCUUUUACCUACACGUGGUUUGUCGUGGGUUGCGGUGGAGCUUUCUUUUUCAUACUGAUUCAGCUGGUGCUGCUGGUGGACUUCGCCCACUCUUGGAACGAGUCCUGGGUGGACAAGAUGGAGACUGGCAACUCCAAGGGCUGGUAUGCAGCUUUGCUGGCCAUCACAGCCCUCAGCUACAUCUCGUCAUUUACUGCUGUCGUGCUGUUCUUCCUCUUCUACACCAAACCCGAUGGAUGCUUCAUCAACAAGUUCUUCAUCAGCUUCAACUUGUUGUUCUGCAUAGUGGCCUCUGUUGUCUCUGUGCUGCCUAAAGUACAGGAGUCUCAGCCACGUUCAGGUCUUCUACAGUCCUCCAUCAUCACCCUGUACACCAUGUUUCUGACCUGGUCUGCCAUGACCAACGAGCCUGACCGGGAAUGUAACCCCAGCCUACUGAGUAUCUUCCAUCAGAUCACAGCCCCCACACUGGCCCCUCGGGAGGUGGAGAACCAGACAGCUGUGGUGAUCAUCGACACAGAGGAACCUGUCCCAACAUCUCCGUACCUGCAGUGGUGGGACGCUCAGAGCAUAGUGGGGCUCGCCAUAUUUGUCCUGUGCAUCAUCUACUCAAGCAUUCGCUCAUCCAGCACCAGCCAGGUGAACAAGCUGACCAUGGCCUCCAAAGAUUCGGCCAUCUUGGCUGAGGGCGGCAGCUCCCCCGACCUCUCAGAAGACACGACUGGACCCAGGAGGGUGGAGGACAAUGAGCGGGACAUGGUCCAGUACAGCUACUCCUUCUUCCACUUCAUGCUCUUCCUGGCCUCGCUCUACAUUAUGAUGACCCUCACCAACUGGUACAGCCCUGAUGCGGACUACACCAUAACCAGCAAGUGGCCCGCAGUGUGGGUGAAGAUCACCUCCAGCUGGGUGUGCCUGGCCCUGUACAUCUGGACCCUUGUGGCCCCUAUGAUCCUCACCAACCGAGACUUCAGCUGAACAGUCACUCCCUCUCUCACUCCACUCUGUGCCCCACAAACUGCUUCUUUUUUCCAACCAUAUUGCCUACAUCUCACUUUCACAAUGAACUUAUAUUUGAUAUUUACGGCUCGAUUUUAGUUUGAUUACUUCUGUAAAAUUGGGUCUGGUUCAGAGGUGCCAUAACAGCUGCUUCAUGUAUUUACUGUAGUGAUUUCAUACCAGCCAGUAGCAGCUGCUCAUUUACUGGACAAUCAUAUAUUUUGUAUUGAAGCACAAAAACACACCACAAAGAAAAGCAAUCCAUUUGUUGUUUAUGUAAACAUAUGCGAGUUGUAAAUUAGAUAAAAUACAUUGAUAUGAUGUGCUCUUAACAAUCCAAAUUCAUUUCAACAAAUAUAAGUCAGAUUUAACCAAAUUCUUUAUUUUUUACAUUGUUUAGAAAUAUCGAUGUUCUAAAACUUUCAGUAUCACAGUAUUAAUAAAGGCAUACAGUAAUAAGCUCUUACAGUUUGCAUCUAUGCCUUCCAAUGCCUUAUGUUUCACAUAUUUGAAUAUACUGAGAGUAACAUUAAGCACAUAAGUGUAGUCAACUACUGCUGAUAAACGUGAGACAUUCCUGCAGUACGGCUCAAGGUCAGCUUAAGCUUCUGCCAAAUAUUUAUGGACCAAGAUAUUCGAUGUAAAGGUGUUGUUGAGAUGUGAAAGUUCAGGUUGUAAAAUAAGUGACACGAUCGACACAUUACAGCUGAUAUGGAGACGAUUGUAUUAUUUUCUGUGCAUCGUUGUAUGACUCCAAAUAGUAGUAGAUUUAUUAUGAUUUUACUUGUAAAGAAUGUUGAUGCUUAAAUAUAUUGAAGAGUAUAUGAAUCCGACCAGAUUUAUAUAAUACAAACACUGACCAAAUGCCUUGUAAGCCAAAGUGAUUUACUGUAGUUUUGUCAUAAACUGGUUGUGAGUUCUCUAGUGCUUCUGAUGAACUUUUCAGACUGAUUUAUAUUCAUUUAUGUUUGCUUUGACUCAGUUUUCGGAAAAGAGAUUCAAUGUGCAAAACCCUGUCAAGCAAUAACUGGUUCUAAUCAAAAUAACAUGAAGUGGUUGUUUCCUAACAGUAAAAUUGUACAGACAGCAGGGAUUAAAAAAAAAAAAGAUUUGGAGCAUCACACAAACUAGUCCAGAUACUGUCAUUAGGAAAAUACAUCAAACCACAGUUUACAAAACAUAAGCUUAAAAAAAAAAGAAAGAAAGAAAGUAUUUUGAGCAUUGCUGACGUGAGAUGUCUGUAUUUUGAAAAUUGUUAAAUGAUCAUUGUUUUGACACAUUUUGUGACUUACCUGUAAAUGUGACGAUUUAGCAAGAAAGUCUGGCUUUUUGCAAGGCUGCACACUGAAACUCUGUUGUGACUUAAAGCAACUGUGCAAAUACUGUAAAAGAAUAAAGGCAGAAGACUUAUCUGAA